AAAGAUGCGAUUUGCUUGCUCACGUUUCGUUUGACAAAAAGGGAGACCGAGUAAUCCAAAGAAAUACUGUCUAAAUUAGUACAUAAUGUUUCGUAACCAGUAUGACAACGACGUGACAGUAUGGAGUCCCCAGGGGCGGAUCCAUCAGAUCGAGUAUGCCAUGGAGGCCGUCAAGCAGGGCUCUGCAACCGUGGGUCUCAAGUCCAAGACCCAUGCCGUACUUGUAGCCCUUAAGAGAGCUUCUUCUGAGCUGUCCUCUCAUCAGAAGAAGAUCAUCCCCAUUGAUGAUCACAUCGGUAUCUCUAUCGCUGGACUUACAUCAGACGCUAGGAUGCUUAGCAAAUUCAUGAGGACAGAGUGUUUGAACUCCCGCUAUGCCUACGAGACACCCCUACCUGUUUCCCGAUUAGUUUCAGAAAUUGGCAACAAAUCUCAAAUUAACACACAGCGGUAUGGCAGGAGACCGUAUGGUGUGGGACUUCUUGUUGCUGGCUAUGACGAGAUGGGCCCACACAUCUUCCAGACGUGCCCAUCCGCAAACUACUUUGAUUGUAAGUGCAUGGCCAUCGGAGCUCGCUCCCAGUCAGCAAGGACCUACCUCGAGAAGAAGAUUGAUGAUUUCCAGACCGCUACCCUUGAAGAGCUGGUGAAACAUGGGUUGAGAGCUUUGAGGGAUACGCUACCCAAUGAAAGUGAACUCAAUACAAAGAAUUGUUCAGUGGCUAUCGUAGGCAAGGACGAGAAGUUCACAGUCUACGAAGACGAUGACGUCGCCAAAUUUCUGGCUGGUAUUGAGACGGAGGCCCGCUCCAGGGGCCGUCGGGCACCCGACGCAGCAAGCAUGGAUACAGAUGCCCCAGCAGCGCCAGCAGCUGAAGGUGACCCAGCGCCCGCUACAGGUUCAGAUCAGCCAAUGGAGCAUUAACACUGAUAGUGGUGCUGCUGUGUUAGGGUGCAAGCGUUUUGUAAUCUAUACUGUUCAUAGUCUUACUGCUUAUCUUAGUUUGUUAAAAAAGUGUCCUAUGUGGGGAUAAUUUCAUCCAACAAUUUCUCAAAAUGUUAAGUGCAACCUGUCCCCCUCUUAUAAAAGAGAUCACACUCCGGAACGAUUGCAAGUGCUCCAUUGAAUCACAAACUUUAAAAUUGCUCUGUUUGUCUUGAAUAGAGUUCUGAUUAAUAUUGUUUAUAAGACAGGGCUCGGGAAACAAUAAAGACCCUUUGUAAUAAAUCUGAGGUUUCAUUGAGAAACGGGUGAAAUACACUCAUUUAAUUUAAUAACAAUAUCAAGUUUGUAACUUUAUGCAGAUCUUACUGUAGCCCAGUUUACUUCAGAAUUCCUUUCCAUGUACGUGGGUCACAUCAAUAUGUAAGGGCUAGUGAAUAUUUAAUUUUCUUGUUGUCCUAUUCCAGAAGAUUUUUAAUACCAAAUAGUGGAAGAUAUUAUUUAAAAGACAUGAUUAGUUAUAACUGUAACAUGAGUAUCAAGUAUCAACAAAUGGUUUCUUGUGCAUUUAACAAAAAAAAAUGUUGGAGUAUUCAGCGGAACAGCCGUUGAUAUCAGAGACUGAAGCUUUCGGACUAGUUUUUCCCAUGCAAUGGGGAUGAACGUUUCAUUGAUGGCUCUGCUCAACAUCCACCUGCGUGAAGCUAGAUCUCAGAUACCUAAUACGUACCUUUCUUUAAAUUAGAAGAAAACCCCAUAGUGUUUGCAGGAUUCAAGAUAAUUAGACAUUUCCUACGUUUAAUUCUAGGGAGGAUUGGACUAUUGAUUCUAGAUUCACUGUACAACUUAUUUGCUGUAAAUUAAUUGUUUCUUUUUUUUUUUACUGUAAAGAUAUGUGAUAUCACAAGCAUCUUGUACAAGUUGAAUUCCAUUCAGUGCAACAUAUUGCACAACUGUGUAGUUGUCCUCUGUAAUAAAUUGUGUAUCAGAUAUGUCUGAAAA